AUGAAAACGCUACGAGCGACAGUAAAGUGGUGGCAGAGCCACUUUUACAACGCUCAACACUGGCAAAGAUCCACCAAGAGCAGCUCCGGAUGGUUUCCUCUUUUGUCACUCGCCGUUUCCAUGUCCCAUAUUCCCUUUUGCCUCUUCCCCCCGAUUCUUGUUCGCGUCAGAAUGUUGCGGCAGAAUGUUGCGGGAUUUGGGGGCGGAAGAAGAAAGGAGCAGGAGCGAGGCGAUCGUGAUCGUGAUCGUGAUCGUCAUUGUUAG